AUGAGCGGAACACUUCCUUCAUGUUUGGGUAUCUUAAGCAAUUCGCCAGUAUCUUUAAAUCUGAGACGAAAUAAUUUCCACGGCAAAAUGAUGAAUGCUUUUAUGCCAGGAAGCUUGCUGGAAAACCUUGAUUUGAGCGAAAUCAGAUUUAUGGGUCAGCUGCCAAGAUCAUUGACAAAUUGUGCCAAUUUAGAGAUUCUCUCACUUGGAGAUAACUCUUUUGAUGGCCUCUUUCCUUUUUGGUUGGGAAGUCUUACAAAGCUGCAAGUUCUGGUUUUGCGUUCCAGCAAAUUAUAUGGUCCAAUUCAAGGCUCAACAACUGUUUCCUCACAGUUCCCUAAGUUGCGGAUCAUAGACCUCUCUAACAACAAUUUCAGUAGUCAAUUGCACCAAAACUACUUUCAAACAUGGCAAGCCAUGAGUUCUGAAAAUUUUGGUGUAUCAUCUAUUAUGGAAUCAGAGAUAUCCUCCAAAAACGGAGAAAACAGUUGGCCAUAUACAUUGACAUUAACACACAAAGGUGUCCGAACAGAGUAUAUACAUAUUUUAACCAUAGAUAUGUCUAUUGAUCUCUCUUGUAACCACUUUGAAGGAAAAAUUCCACAGUCACUCCAAGAUCUUCGAGGGCUUCAAGCACUCAAUCUCUCCAACAAUCAUUUUACUGGACGUAUCUUUCCGUAUUUGGGUGACCUAAAGAAUCUUGAAGCUUUGGAUCUCUCCCAAAACGAGCUAUCUAGGGAAAUUCCUCAACAGUUGGUCCGGCUCGGCUUCCUUGAAAUUUUCAAAGUGUCAUUCAACCAUCUUGAGGGGCGCAUACCCAAAGGAAAACAGUUUGAUACAUUUGAUAACAACUCCUACAUAGGGAAUCCCCAAUUGUGUGGACAACCAUUAUCCAAGGAAUGUCAAGAUGAUUUAAAGGUGUCAAGACUUCCAGCAAUAAGCAAUGUGUCCGAGUCACUCCUCCCAAGCGAAAGAAUUGAUUGGAUCAUCAUAUUCUGUGGAGUUGGAAGUGGGCUGGUUGUGGGGGUUAUUAUUGGAAACCUUCUAUAUGAAAGGUAUAGCGAUCGGCUCACAAAGAGAAAGGACAGAUGGGUAAGGCCACUUCGUAACACACGAGGAAAAACUAAGGUACAAUGA